AUGAGGCCACCAAAGAUUUCUUUGGUUGCCGUCUUGUCGGUAUUCCUGCUACUCUCUUGCCUUCUUGGCAGCGCGGCUGGAUCUGUUAGUCAACAGCGCCCAGAUCGUUACCAGGUCGUGCGCGGCAACCGCCUCAUUCAGGCUCGCCAGCCAGAUGGAGAGCCUACUGAUGGCUAUGGCCCCCCUCCCCCAUACUAUUACACGGGAGAACCUGCUGUUCCUACUGAGAUGACCUCCUAUUCUACCUCUGAGAAAACCACAGCGACGGAUAUUGACACUGGAUCCUCUGAGGCGAGUGUGACCUCUGGGUUGCACGUAUCUUCUGGAAACUUCACUGUUUCCCUCGGGAUUUCCUCUGCCACUUUGUCUACUGUGUUCGAUACCAACACCGCUGUGCCGUCUGCUGCUUCGAGUGUCAAGGCUGGCAGCACAACCAGCUCCGAGGCCCUGACAGCCGUUGGUACCACAGCUUCUGAAUCAUCUCAUGUGACUGCAACUUCUGGUAACGAGGCAUCUACCAUCUGGAACAAUAGCACUUCCGCUUCCAUGGCUGGAACUACCUCAUUAGAGACGGAACUCUCUUCCACGAGUGCUUUGACUGUCACAGUUUCCAGUCUCUUGACCCAGACAGAGACAACCUCAGACGAUAUCUCUCUCACGGAUAUUGCCUCGAGUCUCGAAGUGUCAGGCACCACCAAUGCGACAGCUAAAACUUCCUCUACUGCCGAGGCCGAGUCGCUCUCGGAAUUCUUUUCAUCGACGUCGCUCGGGGAAAGCUCGCAAGUGACUGCCUUGACCAUGACUACAACAAGGUUUUUCAAUGCCACUGUGACAGUCACAGACGUAGCAGAAUCCACCGGACUAACACUGUCGUCCACUACCUACCUCACAUCGAUCAAUGGUUCGUUGACUGCCGCUACCUCGUCUGGGUUUGUAACAGACAUCUCAUCGCAAACUUCCACAGUUUUGACAACAGUUACAAUCUCAGAAGAGAAUCCCACUUCGGCCAGUGCAGCUUCUGGUUCGGCCACGACAAGCGCAACACAAGAUGGCCUAACUGGGAUCUCAGGUUCCGAGACCACGCAAAAGAUAUCUUCUGUCGCCAGUAGGUUCCUGAAUGGAACUGUCAGUGUUACUACUACUACAACUUAUGUGACUUCGACUCUCGACACUGGUUUCUCAACCCAGUCUGGCGGCUCUUCUGUUGUUACCUCCGAUGGGCUGUCAGGUGUUGGUACUGGAGAGUCUUCGCAGACUGUCGUUUCAACGUCACUUACUGGUGUUACGAACGAAGGAUCGACCACGAUCACAUUCGCAUCGUCUGAUACAGAGUCUUCUACUUCCUUCGUGUUCACCUCUACACUGAACGGAAGUCUUGGUGUUUCCGAGUCAGAUGCCACGACAGUCCCCAUUCAAACAUCAUCAGACACCUUGGUUGCAUCUAGCGCCCUGCCAGUCAACGCGACGUCGAACGCAGUCGACAACUCGCUUACGACUGCAACCGCCUCAGAAACUUCGGUCAUCACUAUCAUUCCUGGCGGUGUUUCUCCACCGGGGAAUGCUACAGGUGUGGCCAGUGGCUCUGCCUCGACAGACUAUUCUACAUCUACUGCUUCGCUUUUCAACUCUUCUAUGACCCGCAUGGAAAUUUCAUCUUCCCAAGAGACGAGCUCGUUGUUCGAUUGGCCUACUUCGACAUUAGUCGAGCCACAUCAUUCCCUGCCUACUGUGGGCUUUCCCCCAAUCUCAUUCACGAGCUUUUCGUUUUCGAUCAUUACCACUCCCAUGACUCCACCCACCGUGGCAACUGGUUCAGCAUCACCACCUUUUGACAACGUCACAGUGAUCAGGUCUACUUGGACUUCAACCAUCGCGACUAGCCUCGAGCCAACAGGUUUGACAUCCUCUGCCAAGCUUACGGCGGCUCACAGCAGCGGUUACAACUUUUCCAAGACUGUCGAGUCCGACAUGAGCUCAGUUGGGUCUUUGUCUACACCUGCCAGCAAUCUAACAGGCAUAAGCACUUCCAUCAUUACCUGGCGGCCUACCAAUGUGCCCUUCCCGACCAACACGUCAAUUGAAUGGAAGCCAACGGUGUCUUCGACGAUACUGACUGAUUCUGCCAAGAUCACCAACUCUCAAGACCCGCAAACUUCGUUGUCCGCAGCUGGUUCAGGCUUGAGUACGACUGCUCCGUACAUCAACUCAACUUUGACCGCGGGUUCCGCAACGUACACUCCACCAUUUGGUAACUUGACUUCUUCCAGGCUGACUUUCACUACGUACCGCUCAUGGAAUGCUACCAAUUCCGCACAAGGGCCUGCCAAUUCCACUGUUCAAACAGUCAUGUCGAGUACCCAGAUCAAGUCAAGUAUGAGUACUGCCACUUACAGCUUGAACGGAACGGUGACUGUUACGCCUCCUUUCCCAACUACAAAUCAUGUUACACUCACUACUAUAUCCGGCAGUGUCUAUACCAAGACAUACACUGAUAUCUUGGUAACAAUAAUCACCCCUACAGAUCCUAAGUUUUGGUCGACUAGUAUCAUUUCCUCGUCCUUGAACAGCACACCCCCUUUUCCUUUUCCAUCAAAUGCGACAUUGACGGGUACCGGUAUUCCACUUCCACCAAUAGGCACAUGGACUCAUCCCACUGUCAUCAGCACUCCAGGAGCCUUCUCCACGCCUUACAAGGAAUCAACAUCGACAAGUGAACAGAAGUAUCAUACAUCAAACGUGACUCGGCACUGGAGUGUACCUGGAUCCUCGGGAUCUGCUUCGGGUACAAGCGCACCCCUGUUCCCCAGCUCUAACUCGACUGCCACGGCUACUAUUACCUUCUCGUCUAUCGUUUCAUGGACUCCUGACCCGGAACCUUGGACAACUUGGUCGACUUGGGAGUUUACACGAAAAACAGGCGCUCCAACAUUCGGUUUGCCACGAGUGACUGACCGCAACCGAAGCAGUGAGACUUCAGAGUCAACUUCGUACACUCAAACUACAACGUUGUUUAUUACUACCACUCUGUCUGAGCCAACUACGUCACGUUUCGUUACUGGUAAUCUCAGCAGCAAGGCUUCAGAUUCAACUUCUUAUACUCGUACCACAACACUGGUCCUCACUACUACUUUGGCAGAUCCAAGCACAACUCUGUCUAAGUUCCAGAACUCGACUGACGAGACUUCACCGUCUAUCUCCUACACCAGUACCACGACUUUGUUUCGCACUACCACUUUGGGGGAACCAAGUACCUCUCGUUUGUCUAAUGCCGCAGUCACUCCGACUACCUCAACGUGGAUGAACACAACCUUGGUAUCUGUGCAUUCUUCAGAGACGCCAACCUCCUGGUCCGAAGUAUCUGGUACCUUUCUUACUACUGGUAGCGCGAAGGGAAUAGCGACUUCCGCUGACAACUCUGCCUUGACACCCUUCCCUGUGACUAACUCGACACUCUCGCGAGUGACAUCUUUGGCGAUUGAUACUCUGACGACCACAUACACUUCGGAUCGUCAAGCAGGUGAAACUACUCCCUGCAAAUCUUCGUCUACAACCUCAUCGACUUGCACGGAGUCACUUGACUAUCCUCCAUAUGGGUUAUCAUCAGCGGGCUCGACCACAGACGAUUGCUCGACUGCACACUCGAUGGCAAGCUACGACACGGCGCAUUGGUCGAACAUGACCGAAACGUUCGUCGCAAAAGACACAAGCACCCAUGGAUCGCUCACGACAUUCAAGACGGUGACCACCGUCCGGGCAGAGGAGUCCCAUUCGGUAUGGGAUGACUACCCUCCCCCUACCGACAGAGUGACUCCGUCAGAGGUGGUGCCCGCGGACCCCAACUUUCCAUGGGGAAACGGCUCCCCAAUUCACCGUCAUCAGAACAUGACCGACGUGGGUAUCGGUCUUGAUGGCGGAGGUGUGAGCAAGAGGAGCGACUGGCGACGUCGAUGGGAGAACGUCAAGGAUAAGAUCAACAGUUUGUGGCAUGGGCAGGCUUUGGAGAGUGAAGAUUAG